CAUAUGCGUGGAUGCUUAAUGUAUGCAACUGAAUUGUAAAUUCUUGGAACAAGGUUGGACGCGCCUUUUUCUCUUUUUUCUUUCUCCUUUUUCUCGCGUUUCGUAGAUUGCCUCUUCCCAAAAAUGGCGUCUCUCGCGUAUAGGAUCCAUCGUUGAAAGAGUUACUACACGCGUACGAUCUUCGAUGCAACGAAGAGGUAAUCGAAACGGUUACGAAAGAAUACACUUGAAAACCCACGUACGGUCCCACAUUACAUCUCUCUUACUACAUAAUCUUGCAUCAAUCUUGCUGGAUCUUUCUACGCAUUCCAACUUCGUCGACUUCGUUUUCCGAUUGCUUUCUAAUCGAAAAUUAACUCGAUCUCUUGGAAUAUAUAUUCAAGAAAGAUACGAAGCAUCGUUUCAAGACGACGAAACCAUAAAGAAUACGAGGAUUUAGAAUUACAACUAUAGAAAGAAGAAACUGUUUGGAACGAAAGAAUCGAAAAAUCCGAGAUGUUUAAUCGUUGGCAUCUCUCCUCCCCUCUCUCCUCGAUCGGUAAGAGAUAUCGGGCGCAAGGGGGACGAGCAAAUUGGCGUCUGCCCGAUUUAAACGAGCCUUCUUUAUCACGCACACACCCGGUCGAUAAAAGUGAGUGGAUGGAAAAGUGGUCGGUCGUGAUUGCCGUGAACGCGAGCGAGUGCAGCGAGUGAAAAGCGCAGGUCCAUCGGUUGGCGGGCUAGGCGUGAGGGGGUGAGGGGGCUCGAGAGCAUAGGGAUUUCCUCGGCGCAUUUCGUUGCAGUAGUCGACAGCAUCCCGCGGGUGGUCGCGAUCGAACAAUCAAGGGCGGGAGAGCUGUCGAGCAGAGGGUUCGAAGGGGGAACCCCCUGCCUCUUUCCCUCUCUAUCUCUCUUUCUCUCCCUCUUCCUUCCCUCUCUCUCUCUCCCCCUCUCUUGUCCUCCGUCCACCACCGAUUCGAAAAUAGUAGUAGUAGUAAGGUGCCUCUGCGAAAGAGGAACGCGCGUCCGACACGUGAUCGCGUGCACGCCAGUGCUUUCUGCCAUUUUUCUCUUCCCUCCCUCCCCUUUCCCCCUUCCCCCGAUUACAAACGAGACACCGGUGAAUUUUGUCGAAGAAGUAAGUAGUAGUAGAAGGAAAGGGGGCGAGCUACGCCCCGGAUCGACCGAUAAUUCGAGGGAAGAAGGAAAAUCGACGAAGAAGGCCUUGGGGACGCGGAGGAUCCUGGCACGCCUCCAACCGAGUUUCUCCUCAUCGACGACGACGACGACUUUCGAUGUCGGGUGUAGAGCAGACCGCGAAGUGUGUCGUUGCUAUUUUCAGGUAGUACGUAUCGCGCACAACCGGGCCACGCAAAUCUGUCGAAGUAGAGAAGAGGUAGCAAGCUUGCAAGCUUCUCGCGGCGGCGGCCUUCCCUCUCCUCCAGCCGGCUCGGUAGUUGUUUCGAGCACGCGCGAAUCACACUCUCAGACACGCACGUUCCCUUCUUGCCUCACCGCUGCCAGACGGACGAUUGAUUAACUUUUCAGCGGAGGUAACCGCGCGCCUCCUCCGCGCUUCCGCCGCGCACGUGCUCGCCACGAUGGGAUAGCCGCGAUGGGAGUUCCCGUGAUCGGAAACACCGCCACGACACGGGGCCUGGACGGGUCUUGGAGGAAUUCCGAUUUAAUGCCUCGAUCGAAUGCAAUGGGCGUGGAUAGUUUGGUAGAUAAUCUGUGCUGGUGUAUCGGUCGAUGAUAAAGUAUCGCGUAUCGUUGCACGGAAAAGAAAAAAUUGGAUGGUUAAAUGUGUCAACGUUUAUCUCCCCACGUGAUCUGCCCGCGUUGCGUUAGAAAUUGAAAAUUCGAGCAAUUUUUCAAACUUCUCGAAAUAUAUAUAUCUCUCUCGAAGAAGUAGGAUAAAAUAGAGAAAGGUAGUUUGGUGUUCGAUUGAAUAUUCGUUAAAAUCGUUGAUCUACAACUAACUGGCUUGGAGUUUAGGCAAAAUGAGAAAGAGGAGAAGAGAGAAGUUAAAAAGGUGGAAAUUCACGAUCGAACGAUGUUUAGAUCUGGUCUGUCGAGCACCAGUUUCGGUAAAGCAUGACGGUACACAGUCGCGUAUAUAGGUAUUUACGCUUUAAUUACUUAUUUCUUCUUUUUUUUUUUUUUUCACGCUGCUCCAAAAAGCCAACGAUGUGUGAUACGAAGGCUUUUGUGUGUUGCGAAGCGUCAGUGUGCGCGCGUAAAGCGCAACGAUCGCGUACGUCAAAGCCGGCAGUGAAUCUCCGCGAGCCGCAGAGCGCGGACGUAAUACCGCGGCGAAGCCGCGCCAAUCCUCCUCGCCGAUAGUGCGCGAAAACGGCGGCUCUUCAACCUUCUUCUCUCCUACCUUUUCCCCGCGUCUACGUGUCGCGCGUUCGACCGCAAACCUGAUCGAUUCGUUCCUCGUGAAAUGCUAAUAAUAAUGGAAUUUCGAGCGACCUACCUCGUUUAAAUUUUAAUCCGUGGAAUAUUUCUUGCGAUGUAAAAAUAUAUAUAUAUUUUUUUGUUGUUGUCGCAUUGCAAGUGUGCGUCGUUAUCAAGUCGAAUCGUUGAACCGUUUCCCACGCUGUACCUUCCACGCGUUUUAUUUUUAUCGAGAUCGAUAGAAUAAUUUGCCCGAUCGAAGCGUGAACAGCGGUCGAGCGAACAGUUUAACAGGAACUGUAAUCGAGCGAACGUGGUAAGGUGGUUGUUGGUCGGUUGUUUCGUCGUGACAUCCGAUACACAUUCGGCCAUCAAGUUUGUUAAACCCGGAGAACGGGUUAUAAUCUCCUCCAAGUGUUCCUCUCUGAAUUAUUUCGCACUUUCUUUUCUAAUUAGAAGUUUGCGUUUGCGGAACACAGACGAGCUGCAAUUAUGGAAAUAUCCAUACACCGGUUCGACGUAUUAGGCUAGCCCUGGGUUAUUUUCGUAUUAAUUAAUUUCGGGUUAAUUGAACGAAAAUUCAGAGUUUCGAGAUUUCAGUCCUGAGAGGUGCGUCCGAUGGAUUUUUCCUGGUUUCUUUGGGUGGCGAUAAUCGCGCGCGAAAAUCGAUCUUUCAAUCUCUCGUGAAAAUCUCGAACCAAUGCGAAUACUUAACGCGAUUUGAACCGUAUCGCCUCUCGAAUGGAACGAAGACGAACUCGUUUCUUUACGCUCUUCUACCCGCGAAAUGCGAUUCCUCGCGUUUACAACAAAAGCCCGAGACGCGUCGUAUUGUAUUUAACGUCGUACGAAACGUAAUAAAGUAAUCUCUUGCUUAAAAUCGAGAGGAAAAAUAGAUCUAAAUCUAGGAAUCUAGAUACGUAUAUAUUUCUUUUCUUUCUCGAGCUCGUAACAAUUUAGACGAACGAGAACAAUUUCAAAACGAUUGUACGAAGACAAUCGUCUGAUGUAAGUCAAGUCGUGUAUUGUCCUCCUUCUUCUAAUCAUAAUUGAUGAUUGCGCAAUCACUGCUCGAAAAUAAGCGUCUCGAUCACGCGGUACGAUACGUUAGAGGGGGGGGAAGAAAAAAAAGGAAAUCAUGGUCAAUAUCUUUCUCUCUCUUUCUCUCUUCCCCUGUAUUUAGGAUAUUGGGACCGGCGGUUUUUCGAGCAAGAGAAGACACGUCGCGGGUGAAACCACACAAACGAGCACAGAAACUGUAGAAACGCGCGGCGAAAAAGAGAACAGGAGGCUCGUAAAUGUGAGAACAGGUUCUCUUCGAAUAUUGCGAAGUGCAAAUAAAGAAGAGGCAUACUUCUUUUUUAUACACACACACAUAUAUAUAUAUAUAUCGUCGCUUUAAAUUUUUUAUACCAGAAUCGUAUAUAUAUAUUUGUACACCCUUUUUCCGAGUAUAUGUAUUUAUUCUGUGACAAAAUUUUUACUACGAGACUCGAGUGGACCGACGUGCGGUGGUGAAUCGAGUGGUGGAGAAAAAGAAUUGGAAUACGAAGAUUCUGCGAAGCGAUUGUUCGAGAGAAACGAGUGGAUUAUAAUCAUCUUUGCCGAUAUCGAGGGGCGGCUGCGUUUGUUCGCGUCGAUACCGUGAUGAAUGAAUGAACGUGACCCCCGUCAGUGAGAGAAGUGUUGGACGCACGUGGUCCGGUGAAUCCGGCGAAGAUUUGUGACGGAAUGACCGCGCGUGCCAAAUGCCUCGAUAGAAUCAACCGUUAUGACGUGAUACGAUAGCAGAGUGAGAGAACUUUAGGAGUAGUGAGAAGUAGCUCAAGAUUCCACGACUAUUUUAAGAACGGGCGAAUGGGCCAUAGGCAUUUCCGAGAGAAAAGUAGAAACGGGCCGGCGAGAUCGUUCCGAGGCACGUCCGAUAACGCUGUUGUUGUAGUCGAUAACGAGGAGUGGAAGAAGAAAGAAGGAUCUCAUCGUCGACGUGACGGCGUUUCAAAAUUUUUUUUCUUACUCAGUUACUUUCGCGACAAGUGUAUUUCGCUCGAUCGUGAAAUAUUACACAUACGUGUGUGUAUAUAUAGAAACACGUGAAGAAAGGAAGAAUGGAGGGAAAAUCGAAAAUCGAAAUCGUCCGCGUACCUUCGAACGAGCGCGGUACGAACUUCCGGUCCCUGGACGGUGUCCGUAAUAAUUACAGCCACAUUCGUGUGGGCACGUAUUAUCCGGAACCGGAAGUCAAAGUGGUAGUUUGUGACAGCAAACCGCCUAUCGAGCAAUCUCGAAAAUUCAAAAAGCAUUUGGGACCAGUUUCAAAAUUGCUUAGGCGUCGUCAUCACGCGACAUAUCUCGCGACAAAAUCCUGUGAUAAUAUUUAUAGCGUGAAUAGAAGCAGUAGCUCCUUAGACUGGAGGGUUAAUCAAACGGCGAACGAGAAAGGCCUUCAAUCUCGUCAAAGCAAUAGCCUGGAUUGGCGGGUAGGAAGAUCAAUUAACAAAUUGCAUUGGAGGGACACUACUCGUAGCGCGGAACAGCUUUCAAGAAGUGGAGCAAUCAGUUCUGACCACCUUCAAACGCCAAGUACAAAAUCGAAACUGAUUUCGCUCCUUCGACGGCUCUCCCCUCGACUUUCUCGACCAGGAAGCAAAAAUUCCUUGCAAGCAUCGCCGACCAUUUGUCCAUGGGUGCAGGUAGAAUACUCGUCGGAAUCGAUUAACGACGGGUUACGCGAGGAUUCGCAGGAAAACGACGUGAGCUUCCAGAGAGAAUUGCAACUGAAUGAAUUGAGGAAACGCAUGGCUGGAAUCCCUACCACUUCUCAGGUUACCACAAAAGUCGUUAAGGAUGGGAAGGGACAACAAAGUUGUAGUGCACAGAUCAGGAUACAAGUGCAAGAACCGGAAAACGAUUAUACUAACGCCUCAAACUCGUAAGCUUAAUUUUUUUUAUUUUAUUUUUAUUUCUCUUACAUUUAGAAUAUAAGAAAGAAUUUUUAAUCGCUUUUGCAUCGAAACGAAAAAACUAAGAAUCUUCUCUUCAGAAUCCAAGUACGCCAAUGUAUGUAUAUAUAUAUGUAUAUACAUACAUACAUAUAUAUAUAUAUUUAUCUCGAAACCCUCGCAUGCGACCUAAUUGCACCUAACGUUAGUUCCGUAAGUAAAACGUAAGCGAUAGAUGUAUGACACCUAAUAAACGAGAAUGUUUUCUGCA